AUGUCCAGCCCAAGGCGUUGCAAGAAAAGUAGAAUUGGCUCUUUUCUCUCAAUUAGCGAUGCUUCGGAAGUGUCGCCCGAACCUAGGCUCUCUCCCAGAGCGAACAGUGUUUCAAAAUCCAAAGCACCUUCUCACCCUGAUCCUCUUCCAGUAAAGGAAUUCAGUUCAGGAGUUUCUGAGCACGGUUUCGUCCGCCCCCCGAACUGCGUACCUUGCAUGAUUCCUUGUUCUAACAAACAGCCUGAAGUGUUUUCUGACGAAGCGUUUACCGAUCGCAAAAGCACGUUCCAAGCCCACUGCGCGGAGAUUCACUCGGAGCAGGACGCCAAAUUAGUGCUUGAAUACCUGUACAGUAACAAUAAAAUCCAAAGAGCGACGCAUAACAUGUGGGCGUACCGAAUCUACGAUGAGAAUCGAGGCGUGUGGAUCGAAGAAAACGACGAUGACGGGGAAUCUGCAGCGGGGAGCCGCAUGGCUUUGUUGCUGAACAUUAUGAAUGUAAAGAACGUGAUGGUGGUGGUGUCGCGAUGGUGGGGAGGGAUUUUGCUGGGUCCGGAUCGGUUUAAACACAUCAACAACGCGACUCGGAACGUUUUAGAGAAGUGUGGUUUUGUGGAUGCGGAUCAUCUUCAUAAGAAAAAGAAAUCGAGUGUUUGUUGGAAACAGAAAAAGAAAUCACGAUCGGGUUUUGAGAGGAACCUUCCGGGGCUCCAGACACGCUUUGAGUGA